UCACUUGAAUGAAGUUGAAAUUGUGCUCGAUCGAAUCGAAGGCUUGAUAAAACCGCGGUUUGUUUUAUUUUGAUUUCAUCAAAAAGAUAGUAAAAUAUGUUAUUCUACUCAUUUUUUAAAUCAUUAGUUGGUAAAGACGUGGUUGUGGAACUGAAAAAUGACCUCAGUAUAUGUGGUACUUUGCAUUCUGUCGAUCAAUACUUGAAUAUAAAGCUGGCUGAUAUUAGCGUCAUAGAUUCAGAUAAAUAUCCUCAUAUGUUGUCAGUCAAGAACUGUUUUAUUCGUGGAUCUGUGGUGCGGUACGUGCAGCUGCCGGCUGAUGAAGUGGAUACCCAGCUUCUUCAAGAUGCGGCGCGAAAAGAAGCAACUGUGUCGACUAGAUAGACAUAACCUCAAAAAAUAAAUGUUUUGGUUGAAUCUAUUUGGUAUUUCAAGGACAUGAGUGGGUGUAAAUAAUGUAACUUAAGCUUAAAGUUUCGUAAUAAAGAUGUAAGGUUAUUUGUGAAAUA